AUGGAUUUAGAUGACAGUUCCACUAUUUUGGGUUGGGAAGACAGACUUCGAAUAGCAGUAGACGCUGCACAAGGAUUGGAGUGUCUGCAUUAUGGUGGUAAGCCACCUAUAAUUCACAGGGAUGUGAAAUCAGCAAACAUCUUGCUGACUGAAAACUUCCAAGCCAAAGUAUCUGAUUUUGGCCUAUCCAGAAAUUUCCCUACAGAUCUUGUGACUCAUAUAACAACUGGCGUUGUUGGUACUCCCGGGUACUACCUAACAAGCAGGUUAAAUGAGAAAAGUGAUGUUUAUAGCUUUGGGAUUGUGUUGGAAAUUAUCACAAACCGACCUGUUAUAUCAGAAACUGUAGAGAUAAUUCACAUUAGUCAAUGGGUUGCUUCCAUGCUUGCACAAGGAGACAUUUACAAAGUUGAGUGCUCCGAUGUCCGGCAGCGGGCUAAAGGCCAUACAAUCGUUGUGUAUAAGAGUUUGAAGAUUGGCUGCUUCAAUCUUGUAGCUAUAACCUUGAGGCCAAAAUUCAACCUUCUUGAGCUUGGGAAGAACACAAAGUUCAAUAUAUUUAUCUAUACUUCCACGAGAUGGCUUGAGUAUCAAUAUCUCAAGAUUAGGGGAUCUAGAAAGCAGCUCCACGACUACUCCAUCAAAAUCAGUCUCAAACAACGUGAGCUCUUUGAGCCGAUUAAAUCCGGUGUCCUUCUGAAUUAG